AUGUACACAGAAUACUUUAAAAAUACUUAUAUGGUAGAUAUCCUAGAAUAUCUACAUAUAGUAACACUAACAGAAGAAGGUAUUGCUGGUAAAACUGUUGAUAUCGAAAACCAACUCUAUCCAAGACUUUCAGCAAGUACACAGGUAUGUCCUGAAAAACAUGAUGAUGACGCUUUAUAUAAUUGUGAAAAUUCAAUCAAUCCUGAUUCUGAUUCAAUUGAAAGUAGUUCUAUUUCUGGUACCACGGAGAUUAGUAUUAAUUUAAACACUACUGACUUAGAAGAAACCAUUAUUAAAGAGAAAGAAUUACCUGACAAUGAUAUUGCCACUGACCCUUUUCUGGUAACAUGGAAUAGAUCAGAUGAUCCUGAUAAUCCAAUGAAUUUCGAUUCUUUUAAGAAAAUUUUAAUUAUCGUUCAAAUUAUGAUGAUUACUUUUGUCACAUAUAUGGCUUCAGCUAUUAUUACUCCAGGUCAAGAAGAAAUCCAAAAUGAAUUCAAAGUAGGACACGUCACUGCAACAUUGAAUUUAUCCAUCUAUGUUCUAGCUUAUGGUAUUGGUCAAGCUAUAUUUUCACCAUUAUCUGAAGUUGCAAAGAUUGGCCGUCAAUGGAUUUAUACUUAUACUUUCUUUCUUUUCACUGUCUUUCAAAUAGGUUGUGCCACUGUACACAGCUUCGGUGGUUUGGUGGUCCUUAGAUUUAUUACAGGUGUGUUAUCUGGACCUGCUUUGGCUACCGGUGGUGCCAGUAUUACCGAUAUCAUUGAAGGUAGACAACUUACUGCAUACAUUGCUCUAUGGGCCAUUGGUGCUGUCCUUGCACCAGUGAUGGCUCCAAUUGUUGGUGCUGCUAUGGUAAUUGCAAAAGGCUGGAGAUGGAUCUUUUGGUUACUAACAAUGAUUUGUGCUGCAUUUUUAGUCGUAUUUAUUCUAUUCUUCCCAGAGACCUCUAGCAAUGCUAUUCUUUCUAGAAGAGCUUCAAGAAUUAGAAAACAAACAGGAGACAACAGAUACUAUACAAUUCAAGAACAAAAGGAUUCUGCUACAAAAUUGAGUGAAUUCUUAAUCACCACUUUCUACAGACCAUUUGAAAUGAUUAUCAAGGAACCAAUUAUCUUGGCAUUUGAUGUAUAUAUCUCUGUCAUCUACGGUGCUCUAUAUCUUUUCUUCGAAUCUAUCCCGAUUGUAUUUGUUGGUAUUUAUCAUUUCACUUUAAUGGAAAGUAGUGUCGCUUUCCUUGGUUUCUUUGUUGGUUGUGUCAUUGCUUAUCCAAUCCUAAUACUAUUCUUACACAAAGUGAUCUAUCCUGCACAUGACAACAACACAUUUGUCCCUGAAAAGUUUUUACUACUUGCAAUGGGUGUUGCAUGGCUCUUACCAUUAUCUCAAUUCUUAUUUGGAUGGGCUGCUAGUGUCCAUUGGAUCGUCCCAGUGAUUUCCGAAAUAUUCUUCAUCAUUGCAGUAUGGAAUUUAUUCCAAGUGACUUUCUCUUAUUUGGCCUUUAGUUUCCCAAACCAUGUUGCUUCUGUCUUCGCUGGUAAUGGUGUCAUGAGAUCCACUUUUGCUUGUGCUUUCCCAUUGUUUGGUAAAGCUAUGUUUAACAACUUGGCCAUUGAAGGGUACCCUGUAGGCUGGGGUUCCACUAUCGUGGGAUUUGUCACCAUCGGAUUAUCUUUGAUCCCAUUCGUACUAUAUAAAUAUGGUGCAACAUUGAGAUCAAAAUCAAAGUUCAGAGACUGA